GCAAAUCAGAUCGCGCCGGCCACGCCACGCGCCUGGACACCGGGCGCCGCGUAUAUGAGCGCACGACGGGUCAGGCGCACAUCGCACUCGGAUCUCGGCCACCAGGAGUCAGGACUGUACCAGGAAGACGAGAAGAAGAAGCCGCGGAUUCGUCACCGACCGCCAGAGAGGACUAAGACAAGAUGUUGGCCAAUGGUGACGCACCAGCCAGAGGGACUGCAGCAGCAGCUGCAAGCUUGCGCAGGCGUAGAACCACGAGCGGUGCCGCUGCUGGAGGUGGUGCCAGCUCAAUGCUCCAGUUCUACACUGAUGAGGCUGCGGGGCGCAAGAUGUCGCCGAACACUGUUCUGAUCAUGAGCAUAGGGUUCAUCGCAGUUGUCGCUAUGCUGCAUGUUUUUGGGAAGUUGUACCGUACCUCCAACUAGAGCUGAGAUUACCAGUCUCCAAGAAAGCGGAGUCUAUCAACAGAGGAGCCUUGUAGACUGAUUCAAAUGGACAGCAAAUGACUUAAAAGAUCCUGAACAGAUUUUGCUAUUAUAAAAGUUUAUACAACAUGCAAUGCUGAGCUGUUAUCGUUGAAUCCUUUGCAA